AUGUUGAUUAUAUUUAUAUUCAUCUUUAGUACUUAUGCUCCUAUUCAAAUCGUAUGUAGUUCUGAUUUUUCUUCUUCUGAAUUUGACAUAAAAAAUGGUGGUCAUGCUUUACAUGCUCUUCAACGUCUUUUAAAUUUUUUUGAAUCUGAUGCAAAUAAUCUAAAUCUUGAUGGUUUAUAUGGUUUACGUAUAGCACAAGGUCAAUUAAAUGCUCUUCAACAAAGUUUAAGGUCACGAAUCAAUAAAAAAAUUCAUUUAACUGAUCGACAUAAUCUAAUUCAUUCAUUAUCAACACAGAUUGAACGCAUAGCAAAUGUAAGUUUGCAGAGAAUUGCACAUGAGGCAUCAUCAUAUUUACAUCGAUUUUAUCUUAUUGUUCAUCAUCCAUUUGUAAUUGAUUAUCAAUCGAAAAAAAUUAAUAAGAAUUUAAUUGAACAAGGUGAAGGAAUUUCCAAUUUUGAUGAAGAAGAAUCCGAUCAAUGUUUUGCUGAAUUACUUGGUUCAAGUGAUAAUCCGAAGUCAAUUAAAUGUUUUAUUAGUGAACACUGCUGGAAUAUGAUGACAUCUCCAAAGGGUGGCAAUUAUCGUAUAACACAUCAAUUAUUAUGGUUUUUAAUUGCAAAAAAUAUCGGUUGUAUAAAUCAAGAUGUUACAAAUAAAAAUUUCAAUGAUUUAGAAGAUUAUUUUUGUGCAAAUAUAUAUGAUGAUGCUAAAACCAAUUUACAUGAUAAUUUUAAUCAAGAUUUAUUUAUUGAACAAUUAUUAAUUUGUUCAAUAAUUGGUUAUGAAGAUUUUGUACGUCCUGAUUGGUUUAAUACAAUAUUAACGUGGCAACAUCCAGUUUAUGGUUGUUUUAGUGAUGCAUCGGAAACAAUUCGAUUUCAUCGUAAAACACGACGACAUUUAUUAGUGGAACAAGAAAUGAAUAAUGGAUGUUUGUCGCAUAAAAGUGGUUUAGCAGCAGGGUUGUUAGCUACUUAUUCGCGAGUUUAUUUGCAAUAA